AUGGUCUUUCUAAUAGUGUUGUUACUUUUAACCGUCGGUGGACUCACACCCGGCCAGUGUGGAAGUGAACCCAGCGCGGACAUAAAUGGAUUCCAGUUCGAGUUGUUACUAACGCAUAUGGAAGAGCUUGAGGCACGCAUGGAAGAACACCUGAACGCUGGCCUCAAAGUGCUGGAAAGAAACGUGAUAGAGGCGUGCACGGAAAAAAUGCAGCAGAUCGUUAGUAGCCAAACGCGCCAGUUAGAGUACAUUGUGAAUCAACCGGCCAUCUACCGCGAGGGCGGAUGGUUCACCAUCCAGCACCGCUUCGAUGGGUCAGUGAAUUUCUUCCGCAACUGGACUGAGUACAGGAACGGCUUCGGUGCCGUGCGCGGGGAGUUCUGGUUGGGAUUGGAGAAGCUUCAUCAGCGACUCCGCACCGGCACACACGAGCUGCUCGUGGUGCUGGAGGACUUCGAUGGUUCGGUCGCCUAUGCACACUACGGCGACUUUCGUGUCGGUAGUGAAGGGACGAAAUAUGCCCUCCAAAAGCUGGGAGAGUACACGGGCACGGCCGGGGACUCGCUGCGGCUGCACGAACACAAGCCGUUCUCGACAUACGACGCGCGCAAUGGCGACCUUUCGGGCUGGAACUGUGCUACCGAGCAUGAGGGCGCUUGGUGGUUUAAGACGAAUGGUGAAUGCAUCUUUAGUCAUUUGAAUGGAAAGUAUUCCAAAAAGCCGUUGGUAGCAUACGAGAUGGGUGUCCACUGGCACGACUUUCGUGGUGAUCGAUAUUCACUUAAAUCAACCAAGAUGAUGAUUCGCCGAAGUAAUUAA